AUGGGUAUACUGGCAAUCCUCUCCCAGUAUAUAUUGAAGGUGACUCUGUCGGUGGCUAUUGGUGGAAUGGUCAAGCAAGUAGCUCAGGAAACCUCGGCGGAUGAAACUUGUCCCCUGCCAGACACUGCAAGUAUUAACUCGACAGACAGUGAGGGAGGACAAUUUGAAUGGGAUGAGGACAUGCAAGGUUACAUACUGUCCUCCUACUACUACGGGUACGCAGCUGUGAACAUAAUCGCUGGUUACCUGGCGGCCCGGUACAGCGCCCGUUGGGUUUUCAUCACAGGGCUGCUCGCUGCCGGUGUUUUCACGGUCGUGGGUCCUAUCUGUGCCGAUGCUGGCCCCGUGGUCUUCAUGAUAACACGCUUACUCGUAGGCACAUUCUCAGGUGUUAUCAUACCAGCAAUGCACGUGCUACUUGGCAAAUGGUUCCCUGAAAACGAGCGACAAAGACUGGGAGGACCCAUUUUCUCAGCGGCAUACUUGGGCACCGUAAUAUCAAUGGCAUUGUCUGGAACCAUUGUGAAGAACCUGGGCUGGUACUCUGUGUUCUACAUUUUCGGCGGCGUCGCAAUAGCUCUGGUGAUACCAUGUUUGUACUUUAUCUACGAUGAGCCUGAGUCGCACCCUAGGAUCACAGAGAAAGAAAAGGACUUUCUUUUGACUCACACUGGUAGAGAUCUGACAGACAGCAAAGAGAAGAAGGAGCUUGAAAAGGAGGAUGAACUCAUUCGGAACCCGUGGCCUCUCAUCCUGACUUGUCCUGCUAUGUGGGCGCACAAUAUAAUUUCAAUUGGAGGGGCGUGGGUCAACUACACACUGCUGUCUGAGUUGCCAACCUACAUGGAAAAUAUACUUCACUACGACAUCGACGAGGCUGGCCUCAUCUCAGCUCUGCCUUAUCUAUUUGGUUGGAUGAGCUGCAGUAUUUACAGCUUCCUGACAGAGAAAUUAACACAGAGAGGCGUACAUAUUAUGACUAUCUUCAGAAUAUGGGACGCAGUAUGUAAGUAG